AUCGUUACAUCAACCUUUUAACCUACUACUUUCCAUCGGUGAACGAGACGACGCGGUCGGACUCCUUUCGUAUAAAACAGCAGAGGCAGCAGAGCUGGGCAUUUGCAACCGCUCCUCGUCAAAACCUCCCCUUCCUCCCGAUCCUGUAAUAGUUGACUCGUAGCAAGUGGAACAAAGAGAAGUUGGGUGCAAGACGGUCUGGUUCUGGUGCAGAUGUGACACAAACAGGUUUGGUUCAGUCUCUUGUCAAGAUACAAUCCUGGCUCUCUCCAUUUCAAGUCUAGUAUUCUCAACAGCUCCUCAUGAAGCUCUCCUCACUCAUGUGGUCAUUCUGCUGGUCUGAAUAACAAGUGCAUGUUUCUACUUGCCAAGGAUGGUUCAUCUCUAACAGAAAAGAAGGGGCACAAUACCUUUUUGCAGAUCAAGUGUCUGAUAAGACUGUCUUUAUGAAGGUGGUCUAAGGCAUGCUGAAACUUUGGGAUUGUGUGAAUGAAGAAUAAGUGUAGAUUGUGAGAAGUACAAUGUGCCACAAGAUCAUAUCAAGUCUUGCUGCUCUCCCAGAGUCCCUAAAACAAAGGGGAGCUGGACAUUAUGGCCAUCUGAAUGUGGCAUUCUACCACCAUGCUGAAGAACUUGAACAAGAGUCAGUGCAGUCGGAAUGGUAUAAAAUAGCCUAUGCUAAGCUCAUUAGAUUGGCCCAUAUACUUAAAAAUGUGGAGCAGAUUGAUGGGAGGCUCACUAACAGAUACAGCAGCUCAAUCAUCACAGACGAUCAUAUCAUCUCCUAUAUGAAGACCUUCAACUCACUGGCUAAAGCCUUUAUUGGAUCUUCGUCAAUGCAGUGUGCUUAUAAGAAGGGCAUCACAUCGGCCGAUCGAUCUGUAUUGGCCAUGGGCUUCCAUGAACCAAACAAAAGGGACUCCAUGAUGCUGAACUCUCUUACUAGGGUCUGUGACUUCCUGAACAUCUCGGCUCAGCAAAGGAAGUCUAUCCGUCUGACUGUCUGCCCACAAGUCACACAGCACCACAUAUGGAGGGGAGCACUUGAGCAGGUGCUUAAAGAUUUGAAAUAUGAAAUGAACUCCCUUCGAUGCUGUUCUCUGACAUUUCAGAUGGGUGAGCAGAUAGUAUUGAGCUGCAUCAAGUUUUGUGCCGAUGCCACCUAUAUUUCAAGCUCUGUCUCUCCAUCAUGGAUGCGACCAGCACCUUUAAAAAAGGUUGAGAAGCCACUGCCAUCACGCAGGUGGGAGGAAGUUCUUGAGAUGUUUGUGGAUCUCACAAAGUGCUUAGGGCAAGAGGAAAUGUUGAGUCAUCAUGUCUUGAAGCUUGAAGCGAUGAAAGAAGGGUUGUAUCAGAUCAAAGAUAUCUUGGUCGAGAGGGAUAUCAGUUACAAGGAGGCCCGACAUGAAGACUGCCUGAUUCAGAAGAAGUUAACCAAGAGCUUGGGCCACUCUUCCAAGUGUUUGUUCACACUACUCCUCUACUAUCUAUAUGGCAAUGUGAGAGAUAUUGAGAUUGAGGUUUCUGGAGGGGUGUAUGAAACUGAUGGCAGGUUUUAUUUGAGCAUUGGGAAGAUUGUGACUUCUUGCGAUGAAUCGAUGGUAUGGAAUGGAGUGAAGCAGCUGAAUAGGGCUCUUGGAGUCUUCAAGUUUGUGUGGGAAACAGCAGUUAUGAAAGGGGUGUUGGAGUUGCAAGGCCACCUCUGGUGUAUGGGGGCUGAGGAAAAAAUUCUUACAUACAGAGGUAAUGUGUUUUAUGUGCAUGGAAUGAGGCCUUGAUGGAUGCGGAAGUUAGUUCUCCACUAAACAGUUGGAAUGAAUUCUUUUCUUGGGAUUGGACUUAGAUGAUCAGGAAAAUAUGACUCAGGUUGCAUAUCCUAGUCGAAGAGAAAGAUGCUUGAUUUGAUGAAUUUGUCAAAUCUACUUGUUUUUGGAUUUAAAAAUGGACAGCCAUAGUAUAGGACCUGUAGCAAAUGAUAAAUCGUGCAAGGAAUUAAAGAGGCCCAUUGUUGUUCCGUCAAGUUGUGGCAGCUGCGAGAGCUGUCUGAGGAGUCUCCAGUUUGAGUGAUCUGAUAAUGGAUUGAAUAAAUAUUGUUCCUUGUCUCGUUUUGCCAUGGAAGAUACAUUGUAUAAUGGGAAUGAUAAUUUGAAUCACUUGAUGCCAUUUACUACCGGGCAAUAUGCGUACCUUCCAAAUUGCUCAUAUCUUGUUGUGUUGAUGAACAUCCUUUCAAGCUUAUUAAAUGGUGCGUACAUUAUGCCAAGAUAACUUCACUACAGUUGAAACAGGUGCAGAGAAGAUGAGGCAUUGGCUCAACACCUUCUUAUUCAUAGCAAAUUGGAGUCUGGAUCAACUGGUGACAAGCAUGAGGUGGUCCGCAUCAGCCAGAAUCGAACAUUGUGAUUUGUGUGGGGCCAUUGGAGGGCAUAACAGAUCUGCAGUCAGCAAAUCAAACAAAAUAUGCUGGACUCACUCUUUUGGCUCUCAUGGUUUCGGUCUUCCCUCGGUGUAUCCUAAGAUUUCCUGUUGUUGAGAACAAUUGUAGAGGAGGGGGGAAAGAAAAGAAAAUCUUCGGUUCCUUCAGAUCAAGGAGGUGAGUUCCUCAACUUUGAGUUACCUUAUCAAUUUCGGAACUUCCAGAAUUAAGUGGUGGGCAUCACACUUUGUUAGAGUUGCAAGACCAUACUUGGUGAGUAGGGAUAAUAAUAGGGCUCUAACAUAUAAAGAACUGCUUCUUUGUAAACAGGAUCAGACUCUAACCAUGUAAAAGAACAUAAUCAAUUCCUUAUUAUUUUUAAUCUGUUUUUCAGAAGCCAGCAUCUGCUAGUUUUGCACCUAACAAAAUGAUAAGAGAGCCUUGUCGUUCCGAUUUCA